AGGGCCCUUGACUUCUGACCCAAAAUGGCAGCGCUCAGAGCGUAGUUCUUUGCUUCUCCGAGGUGAAUUUAGAUUAAAAUCCUACAUCAUGUCGAAGCUAAGCCGGGUCACUCGGACCCUCAAGAAGCCCGAGGCUGGCGGCGUGAUCCGGUCCAUCGUGCGAGCAGGCCAAGCUAUUCCUGGGCCUCCACUAGGUCCCAUCUUGGGUCAGCGAGGUGUCUCUAUCAACCAGUUCUGCAAAGAGUUCAACGAGAAGACAAAGGACAUCAAAGAAGGCAUUCCCCUGCCUACAAAAAUUUUUAUAAAGCCCGACAGAACAUUUGAGCUCAAGAUUGGGCAGCCUACUAUUUCCUACUUUUUGAAGGCAGCGGCUGGGAUCGAGAAGGGGGCCCGGCAAACAGGGAAAGAGGUGGCAGGCCUGGUGAGUUUGAAGCACAUAUAUGAGAUUGCCUGUGUCAAAGCUAAAGACGAUGCUUUUGCCAUGCAAGACGUGCCCCUGUCUUCUGUGGUCCGUUCCAUCAUUGGCUCUGCCCGCUCCCUGGGAAUUCGUGUGGUGAAGGACCUCAGUGCAGAAGAACUGGCAGCUUUCCAAAAGGAACGAGCCGUGUUUUUGGCUGCUCAGAAAGAGGCCGAUUUGGCAGCCCAGGCAGAAGCUGCCAAGAAGUGACCCCAACUUUCUGUACUCUGGGAAUUUGAAGUGAGAGGCUGAGAAGGGGCCCACUGAGGAAGCUGAGCCAAAGGACUUCAUGCAACCCUAUUUACAGCUUCCUGACAUAUUUCUAUACAUAUGCUGUGCCGAGGGAUCCAGCCUGAAUAAACAUUCUUUGUCAUCAA